AUCCCAUCCUAUCCUAUCUUAUCCCCGCCCAUACCUCUUUGGGAGAAAGAUUGUAGAAAGCAAACAGAAAAGGAAAUCGUAUUGAUAUAUAGAACAGAAAGAGAGAGAGAGAGGGAGAAGAUAGAUGUGAAGUGGGAGAGAUUUCCAUCUUGAUGAAUAGUCCUCACUACAUACAUAUAAUGGGGUAUUUAGAGUAGGCAUAAAUAUAUAUGUAUAGAUACAUAUGUACAUUAUACCUUUCAUUACCUUACCUUACCUCUUUCUUAUUAGUGUUCAGAAUAUACUUUUACAAUGAAAAAGCAUCAUUGAGAAAUAAACAAGACUGUGAAAUGUGAACUAUUUGAUUUUCUUCAAAAAUAUACACACAUCUACAGAGUGAUCUGUGUUGAGCUGUAUUGAACUAUUUUAAAAAUUUAAGAUCUCAAGAUCACGUUGACAGUUAUAUUAAAUAAAGAAGACAUAUAAUACAAUUAACAAUAACAUUUAAAACAAAAGGAUUACUAUCCUAUAUAAUAAUAUACAUAUUUAUAUUUAUUAGAUGUAUAUAAGAAUCCAAGAAAUCACAAAACUAAAUGUGCAUCAUUGUAUACUACUGAAAUCACUGUUAGGUAGUAUACAUAUUACUUGGUAUUAUGCUUCAAUAUUAUUCGCCUACGAUAACAGCUUAUAAUGCAGCUAACUGCUUUUGCAACAACUGACGCCAUAAAACACUAGGCAUGCUCAACUAGUUUGUUUCAAAUUCUACCCUAAAAGCAUAUAAGUAAUCUUUAAAUGUACACACAUAUAUACAAGCUGUAAUUAAUACUAAUAAUAACAAUAAUGAUGGAAGAAGAGGAUUCGAAGAACAGUCUGCCACCAGUACUUCUUGAUGAAAAUGAUUCCCAGGUGAAUAAUACUGACGACUGUGAAAAUAUUGCACAGAAUGGUGAAAAGAAAUCAGAUGCUACGACAACGACGACGACGACUAAUACUGCUGUCAACAUCACCACCACCAACAAUGAAGGAAUAAAACUGAUCAAUGUUCAACCGAUAGCAAUUAAUAAACAUAUACAACAGAAAAAAUACGAUGAUUUAUUAUUUAAAAAAUAUGAGAAGAUAUGCAAAAUUGGCGAAGGAGCCUAUGGAGUUGUAUUCAAGUGUCGUGAUAUAAAGUCUGGACAGUUAGUAGCUAUUAAACAAUUCACCGCAUCAGAAGAUGAUCCAGUUAUUCGAAAAAUUGCAAUGAGAGAGAUUCGAAUGUUAAAGCGUUUAAAACAUCCCAACUUGGUUAAUUUGAUAGAAGUAUUUCGUAAAAAGAAACGACUAAACUUGGUCUUUCAGUUUAUUGACAAUUCACUGCUGAAUGAAAUGGAACAAAGGCCAAGAAGGUUAGACAAAGGAAAAAUUCGAAAGAUCACUUGGCAAAUCCUCCUCGCAACGGAUUUCUGUCAUCAGUCAAAUUGUAUACAUCGUGAUAUUAAACCUGAAAAUAUAUUGAUUAACAAGGCGAAUGAAGUGAAACUAUGUGAUUUUGGAUUUGCAAGAUUUUUAAAUCCAGGCGGUGAAUAUACAGACUAUGUAGCAACACGUUGGUAUCGCUCCCCGGAACUUUUAGUCGGCGACACACAGUAUGGUCCACCAGUUGAUGUUUGGGCGAUAGGAUGUGUAUUUGCAGAAAUGCUACUUGGUUGCCCGUUAUGGCCAGGUUCUUCAGAUCUAGACCAACUGUAUCUUAUAACUAAGAAUCUUGGCGAUCUAUAUCCACGACAUCGACAGAUAUUUGAACAAAGUAAAUAUUUUUCUGGUAUACAAGUCCCAUCUUCAUCGUCCGUAGAACCAUUAGAGAAGAGAUUCGAGAGGACAUAUCCUAUGACACUAAGUCAGAAAGAACUGGAUUUCCUGCAAGCAUGUGUACGAAUGGAUCCUUCUGAACGCUGGAGUUGUGCUGAAUUGUUGAAACACCCCUACUUUGGAAUGCAUAGUUUCUCUGAAAAGAACAAUAAAUUACCGUGUAAAAUUCAAGAUAUUGGUACAAAUGUGAUUAAUGAGCUGAGUUCAUCUUCUAAUGUAAUACCAAAAACUGAAAAACAAAGUGGACCAGAAAAUUCAUCAAAGAAAAUUGAACUAAAAGUUGGAAAUAACAAUAAUAAGCCUCUGGCCAAUCCAGUUUCCUAUCCUUUUAAAACAACACUUCAUCCAAGAAUGCGAAUGGAUGUUUUUGGUCGAAAAACCACUAAUGCAUGGGAUCCUACUAGUAAAAAGCAGCUUCCAUCAAUUUCAACUUUUCGAACACUUUACCGUACUCCAGUAACCAACUUGAAUUCUACUAUUCCUCCUGCUAAUACCACUUCAGGCAUCACUUCUACAGCUAUUUCAAUGAAUAACAGUAACACCUACAGUGAUUCACGAACACAUGGCCAAGUAUCAUUCAUUAAACCUGUUCUGCUAAAUCAUACACAAACUAAUCAGAGUAAUCAUAACUUACAACUUCAUCCUAACAGUUAUACAACACACCCGAAUUUAUCACUAACAGCAAUUUCAUUGGGUUCAUUGACUGGUAAAUCUACUGGACAAGGAAUUUACCACUUGUCCGUUUCUAUGCCGAAUGUAGCACAAGCGGUUUCUAUGACAACAACAACUACAACGACAACAAAUGGUUCAACCUUAGUGCCUCCAACUUCAACCGUCACAACAAGUACUACAACUACGAAUGCAACAGACCUUCCAAAUGAAAAUUAUUACAAAUCAUUGCUAAAUUUGUCGUCUUAUUCACCGUUACAUAUCCCUGCACGUUUUACGCGCCAAAAUACGGAUGAACAUUCAUUUAAACAACAAUAUAGUCAAUUGAAUCAAAAGUCUAAGACUACAAUUCACUUGCCGAAUAUUUAAAUUAGAAAAAUGAAUAAAUAAAAAGUGUUUCUAUAUUUCAUACUAGACUGUUUUUCUAAUUUUUAUGAAUAAUAUAAGAAUCCUAUGAGUUAUUGAAUGUUCGUGAAAGU